AUGGCCUACUAUCCCCCCACUUCAAACGGGCAAUGGAGCGGGCCUCCUACCUACACUGAAUCAAACGAGAACUAUGUGUCCGAGUACUACGAUUCUAACGGCUAUACUGGUGCCUCCGAAGACCCGAAACGCCGAUUUCAGAAAACAAUAUCAGCAAAAAACGAUAGCCUGAUAACCAACGAAGUAACACUUAGUCGAGCCACGUCAGGGAAAAAACCUGCCGCUUAUGCUGCCCGCGGAGACGCUGUCAAGCAGAAAUUGGAGUUGGACAAAAUGGAACCGAACAUGAAGCCGUUUUCUGAAGAUUUAGUUUCAAAGAAGCCGGUCACUUUUUCGGAAAAGUUUCAGGCAUGGAUGAUCAAUGAAGGCAACCGUAAUAUAUUUUUUGGUGUAUGGAUAAUAUUACACUGUCUCGUCUUCAGCCUAGCAUUCCUCAACUUUUUCUUCAACGAUAAUCUUAACAAUGCACGGACCCAAUUUGGCAUCACUUAUCCAAUUGCCCGUUCAGCUGCACUUGUUCUCCACGUAGACGCAAGCAUGAUAUUGUUUCCUGUCUGUCGCAACCUUGUCUCACUUUUGAGAAAUACUUCGCUCAAUAACGUCAUUCCGUUUGACAAAAACAUAACAUUCCACAAAGCAAUCGGGUGGUCUAUCUUAUUCUUUAGUAUCGUCCACACUGCAGCACAUUGGGUUAAUUUUGCUCGCAUAGCGAUAGCUUCGAAUGGCGGGAUAGUACUUUGGCUCAAGUUAAACUUCCUCACCGGUCCAGGCGCUACCGGAUAUGUCAUGUUAAUUUGUUUGUUGAUUAUGGUCUACACGGCUUUGGAGAAGAAACGACGUGCCCAUUUCAAUCGGUUUUGGUAUUUGCAUCAUCUGUUCAUCCCAUUCUUUGGUGCGUGGGCGUUUCAUGGUGCGUUCUGUAUGAUACCAACUGACAGAGAACCAAAGUGCAAAGACAUAGCUGUGUUCUGGAAGUACUGGAUUGCAUCCGGUGCUAUAUAUAUUGGCGAGCGCAUCCUGCGAGAAGUACGCUCCAAGUCACCAACGUAUGUCUCAAAGGUGAUCAUGCAUCCAUCUAAAGUAUUAGAGAUACAAAUUAAGAAGGAAGGGAUCAGGACUCAGGCAGGACAGUACGUGUUCAUCAACUGUCCAGAAGUAUCUCGGUGGGAGUGGCAUCCAUUUACUCUAACUUCCGCGCCUGAAGAAGAAUAUAUCUCUUUACAUAUACGCAUAGUCGGCGAUUUUACCGAAGCACUAGCCAAGGCCUUGGGAUGCGACCUCAAGGAAAAGCAGUCAAAGGAUAAUAAACGAGGCUUAUCCGCUGUCGAUAUUUCAGUUAAUAAUCCCGCAUUGCAAAAGACGAUCCUCGUUGAUGGUCCAUUUGGAAGUGCAUCGGAGGACGUGUUCAAAUUUGAGGUUGCUAUACUUGUUGGAGCCGGUAUUGGUGUGACACCAUUCGCUAGUAUUCUAAAAAGUAUCUGGUACCGCGUCAAUUACCCAAAGGACUCUACGAAACUUCGGAAAGCAUACUUUUUCUGGAUCUGUCGUGACUAUAAAGCGUUCGAAUGGUUUCAAUCUUUGUUGGCAGCCAUAGAGGAACAAGAUCUGAACCAGUUUAUUGAAAUUCAAAUAUACCUGACCGGUCGCUUAUCGGAAGCAGACAUUGGAAACAUCAUGAUGAAUGAUGAUGGAAAUAUCGUAGAUACCAUCACUGGCCUACGUGCGCCAACUCAUUAUGGGCGCCCUGAUUGGGAUAAGAUAUUCACCAACAUGAGGGAUUUGUAUCCAGCAACGGAUAUUGGAGUAUUCUUCUGUGGGCCAAAACCGUUGGGGAAGGCUUUGCAUACCAAGUGCAAUUUAUGGAGCCAAGGGUUUGAGGGCGGAACGAGGUUUUAUUAUGGGAAAGAAAACUUUUAG